UGAAUAUUAUUUACAUGAAUAUCAACCAACAAGACUGACAUGUUACAUUCAUUUAGAAUGUGAUCGUGGUUCUGUAUCAUUAUGUCUUGAUUGGAGUGAAAUAUGUGAUGGUAUUGCCGAUUGCCGAAAUGGAAUCGAUGAAGAAUAUUGCUGGCAAUUGAAUAUCAAUCAAUGUGAAGACAAUGAAUAUCGAUGUGGAAAUGGACGAUGUAUACAGAAGGUUUUUUUUAAAGAUGAUUCUAAUGUUUUUGAAUGUCUUGAUCAAUCAGAUGUGAAGUCUUCUUUUUUACAUAACCGUAUAAAUAUGAACAGUGAACCAACAUUUUCAACAGAAGAUGUAACAUGUUCUGACCGCAAUAUGCCAUUGCGACUAACGAUGACAAGUUCAUGUGUUAAAAAACGUACAAAUUUAAUAGAAAAAUUAAUGUUCACUGAUAAACCACAAAACGUAUCAAAUGAUUGUUGGUUAGCUAUUCAUUGUCAAUGGAACACAAACAUAACAUCCGAUUUAAUAUGCCAAAAUAUUUCUUCCGAUGGAAACUUUACAGAAAUAAUCGAUCAAACAUGUCCUGAUAUGCUGUAUAUGCCAUCGACUCCAGUUAUAUUCGGACAUAUAUACUUUUUAUAUACAAAAGAAGAUAUGUUGGAGCUUAAUCUAUAUAUACCAAAACCUCGAUAUCUCUGCUAUAAUGAUCAACUUUGUAGUGGAUUCUAUUUCAAUCGACCAUUAUUAACAUUCAAUAAUGCAACAUGUGGUCGUCCUGAAGAUUUUCUAUUAAAAUUUGAUUUUUCUGGGCUCAAUAGAGCAGCUUGGAAUGCUAGGUAUGCUUUACCCUCAUUUAAACACCUUCGUCGUUGUAACACAGUGAAUUACAAUGAACCUUUAAAUUGUAACGCAUUAAAUAUGUAUAAAUGUCUUAACUCUUCAAAAUGUAUUUCCACAAAUCUUCUUUGUGAUAAAAUCAACGAUUGUGAUUACAAAGAUGAUGAACAAUGUUCUUCCAAUGAUCAUCCGUGCCUGAAUUCUGAAUUGUAUCAUCUUACACGAUGUGCCACACAAAAUCAUUGUAUUUCUCCGACAUUAUUUAACGAUGGGUGGUGUCAUUGUGGAUCUAAUAAAUAUCGUUUAUGUGAAGAUGAAGACUCAGAUGAUGAUUACAUCAGAAAUCAUAUUUCAUUUCCAAUGAUUUGUGAUGGAUUUACUGAACUAAUACCAGUUGAGAUCGCUGGACGAUAUGAAACUGAUGAGACAGAAUGUGAACAUUGGAUAUGUAAUAAUUCAUAUACUCGAUGUGAUGGAUUGCGGAAUUGUUUAAAUGGUAGCGAUGAAGUAGAUUGUGAUCCAUCACUAUUUUCUGAGAAAACAUGGAACUAUUCUUCAUCUGUGCUUAUAGAUUCUGACAUUGACAAAUUUUUUCGUCAACGUAAACUCGAUAGGGAGAGACCACGGGUGCCGACAAACUUUUCAUUGAGUAGAAUGAACAAUUCCAUCAAAAAAAAUGCAACAAUGACACGACUACCUUUAUCUAUUACUCAAGAAAUCAUUCGUCAACAACAACAACGUUGCCAUCGUGGUUUACUUCUACAAGUUUGGCUAGAUUAUGAAAAAAACUUGACUAAUGAAACAUGUUUAUGUCCACCUAGUUUUUAUGGAAAUAUGUGUCAAUAUCAAAAUCAACGAAUUAGUCUUACUUUACAAUUUCAAACAUAUGCUGAUUCUCGACAAAUUCUAUUUGCUAUUGUGGUCUUACUGAUCGAUGAUAGUCAUGACCGAUUGAUCCAUUCACAUCAUCAGUUUAGUUAUUUAUAUAUUCGAAAUUGCCAAAUUAAAUUCAAUAUAUAUUUAUUAUAUUUGACUCGACCAAAAGAUGAAAAGAAAAAUUAUUCAAUUCAUAUCGAUAUCUAUGAAAAGAUUUCUCUUACCUAUCGAAGAAGUUUCUUAAUACCAAUUCAAUUUUCAUUUUUACCUGUACAUCGUCUUGCUGUACAACUGAAUAUUCCACCGACAACUGAUACAAGCGAACUUUGUGUAAGUCAACAUUGUAUUCAUGGUCAAUGUAUGAAAUAUUCAGAUCAUCGAAAUGGUGCUACAUUCUGUCGCUGCAAUCUAGGAUGGUCUGGACGAUAUUGUAACAUUUCACAUCACUGUACAUGUUCACAUGAUUCAUUAUGCAUUGGUAUUUUACCAAACAAUCGAUCUUUAUGUAUUUGUCGUUCGAAUAAAUGGGGUUCUCAAUGUUUAUUUCAAAGCCGAGUAUGCCAUUCAAAUGAAAAUCUAACAUGUCUAAAUGGCGGUAAAUGUAUACCAACUGAUGAACAUAUUGUAUCUAAUAAAAAAUUCAAAUGUAUCUGUCAAAAAGGUUUUAGUGGAGUAAGAUGUGAAAUAAUUGAUAAUGAAAUUAAUCUGUCAUUUCAUGAAAAUAUUGAUUUAUCUCAAUCAAUACUUGUUCAUUUUAUUCAAGUAUUUAAUGGUCCUCCACCAAUCAAUGGUAGUACAUAUCAAAUGAUUCCUGUUAAUAAAAGAACAGUGACACUUUAUUGGUCAUAUCCAUUUCAUAUUGUUUUUGCUGAACUUGAUAAUAAAAAUUAUUAUUUAAUCCUGGUUCAAAAUAUGUAUCAUCAAUCAAGAAGAAUUAAUCGAGAAAUUCAAUUAAAAGAUCAUUGUCCACAUAUAAAUGAAAUAUUUCGUCAAACUCUUCAUUAUCAUCCUCUUCGUCGUAUUAAAUAUUAUCAUAAACCAUGUCAAAAUCCAUCAUUAAAUCUUUCUUGUUUUUAUGAUGAUAAUCAUUUUUGUUUAUGUAAUUAUUUUGGACAACAACGUAUAGCCAAUUGUUUUGAAUUUGAUUCUAAGAAAAAAUUCGAUUGUUCUGGUCGAAGUAAUUGUCAAAAUGAAGCACAAUGUUUACAGGAUAGAUUUACAUGUCCACAAACAUCAAUAUGUGUUUGCCGUCCAUGUUUUUAUGGAACAUUAUGUCAAUUUAGUGCACAGGGAUUUGGUCUUUCUCUUGAUGAUAUUUUAGGUUAUCAAAUUCAACCACACAUUACGAUUAAACAUCAACCAUUUGUUAUACAAUUAAGUAUAAUAUUAACAAUGAUUAUAACAAUUAUUGGAUUAAUCAAUAGUAUUCUAUCAUUUAUGACAUUUAAUAAUAAAGAAAUAUAUCAAAUUGGUUGUGGAAUUUACUUACUAACAAUAUCAAUUAUUACUUUAUUUACAAUAAUAUUGUUUGCAUUAAAAUUUUGGAUACUUCUUAUUGCACAAAUGAUGUAUAUUACAAAUGAUUCAUUCUUAAAAAUACAAUGUAUUUCAAUAGAUUUUUUAUUACGAAUUGGUAUUAAUAUGGAUCGAUGGUUAUCGGCAUGUGUAGCUAUUGAACGAGUAAUUAGUGUAAUUAAAGGAACUAGUUUUGAUAAGAAUAAAAGUAAAAAAAUGGCUAAAUUUAUUAUUUUGAUUCUUUUUAUUUUGAAUAUUUCUACAAAUAUUCAUGAUCCUAUUCAUCGACAUUUAAUAAAGGAUAAUGAUAAUGAAAAUGAUAAAAGAAUUUGGUGUAUUAUCACUUAUUCAUCACCGUUUAGAAUAUAUAAUAAAAUUAUGAAUCUAUGUCAUUUUUUCGUUCCAUUUAUUAUUAAUUUAAUUUCUGGUCCACUUAUUAUUUUAGUAACAGCUCGACAACGAAAAAUUAUUCGAAUUCAAGAAAGUUAUCGAAAAAUAUUAAAGAAACAGAUUCAAGAACAUAAACAUCUAUUGAUAUCUUCAAUUAGUUUAAUUCUAUUGGCUAUGCCACAUUUAAUCAUUUAUUUUGUAUCGAAUUGUAUGAGUUCAAUAAAUCACCCUUGGCCGUUUUUAAUUGGAUAUUUUAUUUCGUUUAUUCCAUCGAUACUGACUUUUCCUGUCUUUAUUACUCCAUCAACAUCAUAUAAACAACACUUUUUAAAGACUUAUGAACGAUAUAAACGAACGAUACGAAGACGAUUACAUCUUGUUUCAUAA